UAUUACUAGGAGUUGAACACAAUGGGGCUGACAAAGAGUUCCUUGACCUGCAAAGAUGGCACAUGCCACGAGCUCACAGGCAGUUUCUUUUCUGGUUCGAGAGCUUACCAUCACUUCGUGAAUAUGUCAUUAAAAACAAGACUAAUCCUGAACUUGUCUCAUCUUACAAUGAGUGUGUGAAUGAACUGGCAAAAUUCAGGACAAGUCAUAUAGUACUAGUGACACGAUUCAUUGUCAAUCCAUCGAAACUAGUCCACAGUGAGAGUAAGGAAGAAGGGAGUCUAGCAACAAGAGGUACUUGCAAGAUGUGUUUGAUGUGCCUCUUGUAAUACAAAUGACUGAUGAUGAAAAGUUUAUGUGGAAGGAUCUUCAAUUAGAGGAAGCUCACCGUCUUGCUUAUGAGAAUGCAAAGGAUAUCAUUGCAUGUGGUUUUGAUGUCAAUAAAACAUUUAUAUUCUCUAACUUAGAUUACAUGAGUUGCUGUCCUGCUUUUUAUCGCAAUGUUUUACGUAUACAGAAGUGUGUGACAUGCAAUCAGGCAAAGGGUAUAUUUGGUUUUCAGGAUACAGACUGCAUAGGUAAAAUGGCAUUUCCAGCUGUGCAGGCAGCACCAUCCUUUAGUAGUACAUUCCCUGACAUUUUUGGAGACAAUAAAGACAUUAGGUGUCUCAUUCCAUGUGCCAUUGAUCAGGAUCCAUACUUUCGUAUGACAAGAGAUGUAGCACCACGUCUUGGCUUUCCGAAACCAGCACUCCUUCACUCAACGUUCUUCCCUGCACUUCAAGGGCCUCAAUCAAAGAUGUCUGCCAGUGAUCCAACCUCAUCUAUCUUUCUUACGGACACUCCAAGUCAAAUAAAGAAUAAGAUAAACAAGUAUGCCUUUUCUGGAGGACGUGGCACAAAAGAAGAGCAUGAGAAGUAUGGCGGUAGCACUGAGGUUGAUGUCUCAUAUCAAUAUUUAACCUUUUUCAUGGAGGAUGAUGAGUGUCUAGCUGAAAGAGUUGAACACAGUGGGACUGACAAGGAGUUCCUUGAUCUGCAAAGGUGGCACAUGCCACGAGCUCACAGGCAGUUUCUUCUCUGGUUUGAGAGCUUACCAUCACUUCGUGAAUAUGUCAUUAAACACAAGACUAAUCUUGAACUUGUCUCAUCUUACAAUGAGUGUGUGAAUGAACUGACAAAGUUCAGGACAAGUCAUAUAGUACUAGUGACACGAUUCAUUGUCAAUCCAUCGAAACUGGUCCACAGUGAGAGUAAGGGAGAAGGGAGUCUAGCAACAAGAGGUACUGGUGGCUCUGAUUUUAUGUUAUUUUUGAAAAAUGUGCGCGAUAAUACUCAGAAUUGUGUCAUACCACUUUAA